GACGGGUUCAGAAACGGCUACGAGACUGGGUACCGGAAGUAUUCAUCCAUUCACGUGACACGAUCACUCAUUCCAAGAUGGCGAUCGACUUGAAUAAGCACCGCAGCGAACUCCAAAAAACUUGGCAAGACAUAUUUGAUGGCAAAUCAGACACCAAUUGGGCUGUCUUUGGCUAUGAAGGGAAUACCAAUGUGCUGAAAGUAGUCGAAACCGGAGAUGGUGGCUUGGAAGAACUUGCAGAUGAGAUGAAUGAUGGCAAGCUUUUGUACGCGGGGAUCAAAGUCAUAGACCCAAACACAAGUCUUCCUAAAAUAGUCUUUAUUAAUUGGCAAGGAGAAGGAGUACCGAGCAGUAGGAAGGGCUUGUGUGCUAAUCAUGUCAUGCCUGUGGAAAAGUUUUUUAGUGGUGCCCAUGUUACCAUCAAUGCAAGAAAUGAAGAUGACAUCGAAGAAUCUUUUAUCUUAGAGAAAGUUAAGAAGGCAUCAGGUGCUGCAUACAGUGUUCAUAAAGAGAAGGCAAAGCCAGCAGAACCUAUACUGCCUGUUGGAUCAGUUUAUAAACGGGCAAAUAUUGGCAAAGAUAUUAACGUCAAGAAAAGAGAUGAAUUCUGGACCCAAGAGCAGCAAAAAGAGAAAGAGAGAAUUGAGGAGGAGAAAAACAGAGCAGCUGCACAUCAACAAGAACUGGAGCGGAAGAGAAAGGAGCGAGAGGCUAAGGAAGCAGAACAGAGAGAGGCCUUAUACAGAGAGAGAUCUAAAAGUAUUGAGGAGCAAAAGAAGAAGGCUAGAGAAGAGGAGGAGAGAAAGAAGGAGGAAGACAGGAAAAGAUGGGAAAAGCAACAAGAAGUGGAUGAGCGUGAGGAUCACUUGCAGAAAAAGCGAUCAGAAUCUCUCAGGAAGGAAAGGAUGAAGGAGGCCGAAGCGCUCAUUGCCCAAGGAAAGGAACAAAAACCUUCCUUCCAGGAGCAGAAGGCACCUCCACCUGUACCACAAACAAAGCGGAAACCUCCUGCUAAGCUACCACCAAGGCAGCCUGUAGCAGAGCCGGAGCCAGAACGCCAACCUGAACCGGAACCGGAACCAGAACAAGAACCGGAACCAGAACCAGAGCCAGAACCGGAACCGGAACCGGAACCGGAACCGGAACCAGAACCAGAGCCAGAACCGGAACCUGUUCAUGUGCCAGAACCAGAGUCACAAAAUUAUGAGGAUGUCCCAGAAGAUGCACCUCCGCAAGAUGAGUGGGACGAGAACGCGUACGAAACAGUGGCUCCGCAAAUACCUACUUCAAGGGCGCCACCAGAGGAACCCGAGGAUUUGUAUGAAAACGUUGAAGUGCCAGCAGGGACAGCUGCUCCGGCAGAAUCAAAUGCACCUGCUGAAGAUACUGGAGUAACAGCUACGGCACUCUACGACUACCAACAAGAAAGCCCAGAGGAAAUAAGCUUCGAUCCCGGAGACAUUAUCACCAAUAUCACGAAGAUUGAUGAAGGCUGGUGGCAAGGGACUGCACCUAGCGGCAAAUACGGGCUGUUCCCUGCAAACUACGUUGAGCUGAAUUCAGCAGCGCCCCAAGAACCUACUCCCCAGGCUGCACCUCAUGGUGAUGUUGGUGUACGAGCGCGAGCACUCUACGACUACCAAGCUUCGGAUGACAAUGAGAUUACAUUCGACCCCGAUGAUAUCAUUACCAACAUCGAGCAAAUCGAUGAAGGUUGGUGGCGGGGGACUGGGCCAGACGGACGGCAUGGCAUGUUCCCUGCAAACUACGUGGAGAUCAUAUCUUGAAUGCCCGGAUCCACUUCAUGCACAUGUGCCGUGCACAAAUGUAUCCAGCCCUACGUUUCUUGGAGACUUUAUAGUUAUAUUUUUUUCAGACCAAGGACCAAGUAUGAUGUUUUAAGAAAAACAAAAAUUUCCCCCAAUGUGAGAUAAGCUAAA